GGAGAUAAGAGACUGGCCCAACAAGGCAGGUAAGUGUUAGAUAUGGUAAAUACAGGAUUGGCGAGGAAUGGUUAAGAGUCCAUUUUAGGAAUAAAUGGGGGGAGGGGUAUAAAUCAUCCCAAAGCUCUGAGAGACACGUGGCUUAGUGUGGGACGCCAAAUAUCUGAUUUCCAACAGCUGGCUCGGGACCACAUAAAACGAUGCUAAUACCACCCACAAAUUGUGCUCCUUCAGGGCAGAGCUGUGGGGUACCUCUGGUCUCCAGGACUCGAUUGACCACAAGACAAGGAACAUAGGGCCGGGAGACUAGGAACUUAUAAGAGCCUGCAUCCCUAUAGUCGCAGCUCGGGCCUUUCCAUGAAGUACCAAGGCGCGGAGGAGGGGGGGAACCUCCAUAGAUUUCCAGUUUGUCUUUUCCUCUAUCAUAUUGAACCUAAAGAAAAAGUCUCAUAGAACAAAUAAAAUAUGACUUUAAUCUGAAAGUCUCGGUUCGUUGAGUCCAAUAGGGUUAGCAGUUGUGUUUUGCUUUGACCCGUGUCGGUAUUGGGUCUCUCCACCUCCCCCCACUCCCACCCCCAAAGCAUUGGGCAACAUGGUUCAAGCCGACUGCAUUCUCUGUGUGCAGGGCCCGCCUGUACUGCAGGGCGAGUUCGGGAGGAGUUGGUUGUUACCUUUUUUUUUUUUUAAGGUUGGAAUCGAGCAGAAGUCGUCUCUAUGGGAUGCAGGCCGCUAGUGAGUUGAAGUUCGGAGCGGGCGGCUGGGUCGCUGCCGGGCCAGGAGGCCCGUUGGGCCAUGGCUAAGCGGGGAAGGCCUCUGAGCGCGGCCGGGGGGUAGGUAGGUGGCGGGGCUGAGCCGGAGAGAGGCCUGCAGCUGGCCAUGGCCCGGCGGCGGCGCCGCGCUUGCAUCGCACUCUUCCUUGUUUUGCUCUUUGCCUUUGGUACCCUCAUGGGGCUACGCACACUGAAGGCGCCGGAUGGGCUCCCGGAGCUCGCUCCAGGACUAGAACUGGGCCCUUUUGAGCGCCGUGCUCCGGUGCCCGCGGGGCCCCCAGCAGCAGAGGCGGAGGCCGCCCGUGUUCCGCAGCAGCCGCCUCCCCCAGCACCACCGCGCACAGCUGCGGGUCCGAGCCCAGCCCCGGCCCCUGUUCCUGCUCCAGGAUCUGGUCCGCCAGUCUACUCGGACCUGCAUGUCUUCUACUAUUCAUGGUACGGUAGUCCACGGGGCCGGGAGGGCCGCUAUGUGCACUGGGACCAUGUUAUGGUGCCCCACUGGGACCCCAAAGUGUCUGCCAGCUACCCCAAGGGCCGCCACAGCCCCCCGGACGACCUGGGCUCCAGCUUCUACCCUGAGUUGGGACCCUACAGCUCCAGAGAUCCUGAGGUCUUGCGGGAGCAUAUGAACCAGCUCAAAGCCGCUGCCAUCGGGGUCCUGGUCCUCUCCUGGUACCCACCAGGCAUGGCUGAUGACAAUGGGGAGCCCUCCGACGAUUUAGUCCCUGCUAUUCUUGAUACUGCCCAUCAGUACAGCAUCAAGGUGGCCUUUCACAUACAGCCCUACAAGGGUCGGGAUGACCGCACGCUCCAUGACAACGUCAAGUACAUCAUUGACACGUAUGGAUCGCACGGAGCAUUCUAUCGCUAUAAAAACAGCAUGGGCAGGAGCCUGCCCCUCUUCUACAUCUACGACUCCUACCUGACUCCCCCCGAGGCGUGGGCCCACCUCCUGGCCCCCUCAGGCUCCCACUCCAUCAGGAACACGGCCUACGACGGCGUGUUCAUCGCCCUGCUGGUGGAGGAGGGGCACAAGCGGGACAUCUUGUCGGCCGGCUUUGACGGCAUGUACACGUACUUUGCCUCCAACGGCUUCUCCUUUGGCUCCUCUCACCAGAACUGGAAAGCGGUCAAGACUUUCUGCGAUGCCAACAAUCUGAUGUUCAUUCCGAGUGUGGGGCCUGGCUACAUCGACACUAGCAUCAGGCCCUGGAACAACCACAACACCCGAAACCGGGUCAAUGGCAAGUACUACGAGACGGCCCUGCAGGCGGCCCUCACCGUGAGGCCGGAGAUUGUCUCCAUCACGUCCUUCAACGAGUGGCACGAGGGGACCCAGAUCGAGAAGGCCGUCCCCAAGAAGACCCUCACGCGCCUCUACCUGGACUACCUGCCGCAUCAGCCCAACUUGUACCUGCAGCUAACUCGGCGCUGGGCUGAGCAUUUCAUUAAAGAGAAGGAACAAUGGUUGAUGUGAAUGGACCUGCGGACCCAAGUACGCACUGUGGAGCAACCACCGAGUCCCAGACAAAGGAAAGGAGCCCGACUGUGGCACGACUGAACGAGGCCACAGGAACCGUCACCUCUGAGCUAGCCUGGUGCUUCCGGCUGUUGUUGCCUUUUGUGAGUAGGCCAGAUGUGGAGAAUGAACGAAUGGAGCUCCUUAGGCGGGAGAGUGUGGGGGCUGGUCCGCAGAAGAGACCACUGCCCUCGGCAGCAGUGAACAGCCAGGGGAGGACGCAGGGUCUUGAAGGGAUCUGGCAUUAGGACAUGGAGGGAAACUCCAAAAUCCUUCCUAGACUUGAACUUCCGGUGGUAGGUCGGUAGAAUGAGGGAGUGUAACCAGCUGCUCAGCUCCCAAAAUAGUGAGGGAGGGCAGAGUUGGGGCUCAGCAUGCAUCCGAUCCCUUUCUCAAGCCUGACCUCAUGCCUUGCUCCACUCUCCCUCAGGACGGAGGUUGAGAUCAUAAUCUGCCUCCUCUAAGAAGCUUUUCCUUGAGUCUUUUCAAAAAGGAAAUUCUAUAGUUUGACUGAUAGCUAGAAAUCAGUAUGACAUCUAGGAAUCUGAGCAGCCGUCUGGCCCUACUCAGCAAGGCCUUCGUUGUAGGUAGGGGCAAAGCUGAGGCCUUUCCUUCCUUGAAAUCUGAGCCUGGGGGUAGAUUAUGUGAGUCCUUUUUUUCCCCGUGUCCCGAAUUGAGUCUAAAUGGCUCAAAAUUCCUCUUCUUCCGCAACAAAACAAAAACCUAUCACUUGUGGGAGUCAUCUGGCUUGCAGAGUCCCAAAAGAUGAAGGAACAGCCGUGAAAGAUGGCAUUAAUGGUUCUUUGGGGUGCCUCCACCUCACACAUCCCUGUUAGCAAAAAUUUAAGUAAUGAACCCUACCCAGUAGAGCCACUUUUCAGUGCUACUGUGAUUUGUAUUAAUUAAAUAAAUGUCAAGUGCUCUCUU